GGCUGCGGGGGGCCCGGGUACCGAGGGCUCGUUGGGGACGCCGACGUUGGGCGCGUCGACACGGCCUAUCGCGUGGUGGCCGACCACGUGCGCGCCUUGUGCGUCUGCAUCGCGGAUGGCAUCUACCCAGGCGCCUCGGGAGCGGAGCUGGUGCUGCGUCGGAUCCUGCGCAGGGCUGUCCGCUUCUGCUCUGAAGUCCUUCACGCUCCCCCUGGGCUCCUGGCCUCCCUGGUGCCUGCUGUAGUGGAAGUGCUGGGAGAUGCCUACCCAGAGCUGACGAAGAACGCGGGCCAGGUCGUGGACAUCAUCAAUGACAACGAGGCGGCUUUUGUGUCCUCCCUCGAGCGCGGGAGGCGCGUCAUCGAGCGGACGGUGCAGCAGAUGGAGCCCUCCACCCAUUUCCCAGCUGAAGUAGCCUGGUCUCUCUAUGGGAAUUUGGGAUUCCCUCUGGAUCUGAUUGACCUGAUGCUUGAAGAAAAGGGAAUCAGUUUGGAUUCAGCUGCUUUUAAUGAACUUGUUCUGGAGGAUGCAAAGCGGAAGGCUGGCGGCCCGCAGGCAGGAGAGCCGGAGCACGCCACCGCCUGCCUGGACGUGCACUCGCUGGCUCGGCUGCGGGGCAGCGCCGUGGCCCCUACCGAUGACUCCCCGAAGUACUCGUACGCGCUGGGGCGGCACGGGCGGUACGAGUUCAGCCCGUGCCAGGCCACCGUCCUCAUGCUGUACAGAGAUCAGUCCCUCCAGAAGGAGGCUGGGGCAGGGCAACGCUGCGGUGUCAUCUUGGACAGGACUAACUUCUAUGCAGAGCAGGGUGGGCAAGCCUCGGAUCGAGGCUACAUGACACGGUUAGGACAGCAGGACAUACUCUUCCCCGUAGAGUCAGCUCGUCUCUGUGGUGGUUACGUGAUCCAUGAGGUCACUGCUGUGGAAACCCUGCGUGCUGGUGACCGAGUGCAGCUCUUUGUGGAUGAGGCCCAGCGGCUGGCCUGCAUGAGGAACCACACCGCUGCCCACCUCCUGAACUUCGCCGUCCGCCGCGUCCUGGGGGACGGCACGGAGCAGCGAGGGUCCCACGUGACGGCAGAGCGGCUGCGCUUCGACUUUGACACAAAGGGCCCCGUGACUGUGGAGCAGCUGCAGCAAGUGGAGCAGGUGGCCCAGGAUGUGAUCAGACGAAACGAGGUGGUGCACACGGCCGAGGUCCCCCUCGCGCUGGCGAGGAGAGUUCAGGGGCUCCGUGCGGCGGAUGGGGGGUAUCCAGAUCCAGUGAGGAUAGUGUCCCUGGGGGUCCCUGUGGAGAGUGUGCUGACCAGCGACUCUGAGGCUGCCAUGCAGACCUCUGUGGAGCUCUGCUGUGGGACGCACCUCCUGCAGACAGGAGCUGUGGAAGAUCUGACCAUCGUCAGUGAGCGUCAGCUCGUUAAAGGGGUCAGCCGUGUCAUUGCAGUGACAGGGGGACAAGCCAAACAGGCCCGGGAAGUAGGCCAGUGCUUGGCUGUGGAGGUGGACUCUGUCUCCCUACGCAUGAAGCAGAGGAGCACCUCUCUUCCCGAGAUGCAGAACCUCUCCAAAGAAGUGGGCCAGCUGACCAAAGUGGUGGCUAGCACUGCGAUGCCCCAGUGGCAAAGGAAAGAACUGCAGGCCAUCCUCAAAGCACUCCAGCGCACAGCCAACACAGCCGUCAAGAAACUGGAGCUGCAGCAGGCUGAAGAGAAGGCACAAGGCCUGCUAGCAAAGCAUUGCAACCAACCUCUCAUCAUUGACACCGUCCCAGCUGACUCCCUCUCUAUCCUCAUGAAGGUGGUGAACCAGCUGUGUGACAAGUCUCCUGGCACGUCGGUGCUGCUGCUCAGCCCUCAGCCUUCUGGGGAGGUGCUCUGCGCCUGUCAGGUGUCCAAGCGUUGCCUCCCCGUGUUCUCCGCCGCCGACUGGGCCGUGGCCGUCUGCAGGCGGAUGGAGGGGAAGGCAGGAGGCUCUGCCGUCGUGGCCAAGGGCAGUGGACACGCCAGGGGCCUGCAGGGAGCCCUGACGGCCGCGCUGGAGUUCGCUCGGAGCAAACUCUGA